AUGGAUGGUAGUGUACAUGGUUAUAAAGAUAUUAAAAAGGUGUUGGCUUUGACGACUGUGGGAAGGUUUUCUCAUGGGAGUGUUGGUGGUAGGUGGCAGUGGAACCCAGACAUCCAAGGGGCUUACACUAUGAGCGGUGUCUAUCACAUUAUGACUACUCCGAACGACCCACCAAUGGGUGGUUUGAAUGAUCUUGUUUGGCAUAAGCAUGUUCCAAUGAAGGUGUCCAUUCUUGCUUGGCGGUUGUUGCGGGAUAGGUUACCGACCAAGUCUAAUCUUGUCAGAAGAGGUAUCAUUAAUGCUGAGAGUGCUGGGUGUGUUGCUGGUUGCGGUAAUGACGAAUCAUCGACGCAUUUGUUCCUUCACUGUGCCGGAUUCACCCCUUUAUGGUGGCACAUAAGAAUAUUCAAAACGCUUACACAUCCAGAUGAUAACCAAAAGUAUGAAAUAGCCCAACAGCUUGAGCUUGAGCCACAACAGGUGAAAUGGUGGUUUCAAAACAAAAGAGCACAUAUUAAGAACAAAAAUUUAAAACCAGCGAACGAUGCUCUCCGUGCUGAAAAUGAAAGGAUUUUGAAAGAGAACAUGGAAAUGAAGGAGAGACUGAAGAAUUUAUUGUGCCAAUCAUCAUGCAAUGGUUCUAAUAGUUUGAAACAACUUCAGGUUGAAAAUGCUCGUCUCAAAGAAAGGUAUGAGAUGAUGCAAAAAAAGGAAGUAUCAUUAGAACUAAAGUUAGGUCUUCCUAAAAGCUCGACACGUGGAAGCACCUCCUUGAAUCUAGAUAGAGGUUCAAGUUCAAAAAGUUCUUUAGAAAUACAAAAUCCAAUGAUGUUGGUGGCUGGACUUGCCGCCACGGAAGAGUUGCUUAAGCUUUUCCGCGAUGAGUCCUUAUGGGUUAAGUCUCAGCUUAAUCGAAGACUUGUUCUUGAAAAAAACUAUGAAGACGUCUUCCCUAGAGUUGACCACUUUAAUGGCGCCAAAACACAUGUUGAAUCAUCAAAAGAUUCACAAAUGUUGAAAAUUGGAGCAACACAUUUGGUCGAGAUGUUUCUGGAUUCGGAAAAAUGGGCAAAUCUUUUCCCAACUAUUGUCAACAAAGCAGAGACCAUCAAAGUGCUUGAAAGAGACUCCUCACAAAAUCAAAGUGGAGCUUUGUUGUUGAUGCAUGGAGAGAUGCAUGUUCUUUCACCUUUAGUGAAACCAAGACAAUUUUACUUCCUUCGCUAUUGUGUACAAGUUGAAGCUGGUAUCUGGGUGAUUGCUGAUGUCUCUUAUGAUUACUUGAAAGAGGAUGGACCUCAUUCUUCCUUUUGGAGGUUUCCUUCUGGAUGUAUGAUUCAACAAAUAUCUAAUGAGACUUCCAAGGUUUCUUGGAUUGAGCAUGUAGAAGUGGAUUUGAAGAUUCAAACACAUAGUAUGUAUAGAGAUAUUGUCAACAAUGCUAUUGCAUUUGGAGCCGAAAGAUGGCUUAUGGAACUUCGAAGAAUUGGUGAAAGAUGUGGUAGUGCAGCACUUGAAUACAUGCAUUUUUAUGACAAUGGAGUGAUUACUUUACCAGAAGGAAAGAGAUGUGUAAUGAAACUUGCACAUCAGGUGCUUAAGGAGUUCAGUAAAAAUUUAACAAUGUCAAGCAAAUCAGAUUUACCACAAUACAUUGCUGAUACUGAUGAUAGCGGGGUUAGGUUUUCGAUUCGAAAAAAUAGAAACUUAUUUCUGUCAAAUGAUCCAUUCAUUGUUAUUGUUGCUAGCUCCGUUUCGUUACCUCUCCCAUCUCAUACUGUUUUCGACUUCUUAAGAGAUCCUGCAAGACGUUUUGAGUGGGAUAAGUUUUGUGACGGAAAUCCAUGGCAUGAAAUUGCACACAUCUCUACUGGAACUCAUCCCAACCACUAUGUAUCAAUUAUUCAGCCUCUAGUUUCACCUCCCAAAGAUGGUGUGAAGAUUAUUCAAGAAUGUUUCAUAGACCCUUUGGGAUCCUAUGUUGUUUAUUCUCCUCUAAACACACAAGAGUUGAAUAUGGCAAUAAAUGGCCAUGAUUUAUCAAAUGUGUCACUUAUAAUUCCAUCAGGCUUUCUCAUCUCUGAAGAUAGUAAAUCUCUUUCAAAAGAUAGUAAAUCAAGAGGUUCAUUGCUGACAGUGGCUUUUCAAAUGCACAUGCCUGCUCCUCUUAUUACAAAUUUUGAAUCUGCAGCUGAUGCUUCAAAUGCACUCAUGACAACAGUAGUUCAAAGCAUAAAACAUGCUCUACUAAGUGGUUCUGAAUUGAAGUGA